GUGCUGGAGCUGUGGAUGGACCCUGCGUCACCACGUUCGACUCCGACGCUAAACUUAAGUUUCGAGCAGAAGUCAGCGCGCUCCUCUUCUAGUCGGGCAGUGAGUGUGCAGGAGACAGCUGAGAACGCGGACUUUCAGGACAACAAGAUGUCAGCUCAAAUCAUAAGUGGGAAAGCAGUUUCAGCGGAGGUGAGGGAGCGCCUGAAGAAGGAUGUGGAGCAGAUGAAGCUUCGGGACCCCAACUUCAGUCCCGGUCUAGUGGUUUUGCAGGUUGGAGACCGUGAUGAUUCAAAUUUGUACAUCAGCAUGAAGUUAAAGGCAGCAGCAGAGAUUGGAAUAAAUGCCACACAUAAGAGACUUCCCAAGACUGCAACGGAGGAGGAGGUUCUUCACAGUAUCAAAGAGGUGAAUGAGGACUCUUCUGUCCAUGGCCUCCUCGUGCAGCUGCCUUUAGACUCAAUACACAAGAUAGACACAGAGAAGGUCACCAACGCCGUGGCCCCAGAGAAGGACGUCGACGGACUGACCAGCAUAAAUGCAGGGAAGCUGUCUCGUGGGGACCUGGGCGACUGCUUCAUCCCCUGCACACCGAACGGCUGCAUGGAGUUGAUCAAACAGACUGGUGUGACUGUGGCAGGGAAGAGAGCAGUAGUGAUUGGCCGCAGUAAGAUUGUGGGUGCGCCGAUGCAUGACCUGCUGCUGUGGAACCACGCCACCGUCACCACCUGCCACUCUAAAACCGCUGAUCUUCCUGGAGAGGUGGGCAAAGCAGACAUUCUGGUUGUUGGCAUUGGGAAAGCAGAGAUGGUGAAAGGAGAGUGGAUCAAGAAAGGAGCAGUGGUCAUAGACUGUGGCAUCAACUACGUUCCAGAUGAGUCUAAGCCAAAUGGGAAGCGGGUGGUUGGUGAUGUCCACUACGCCUCAGCCAAGGAGCAGGCUGGCUUCAUCACCCCCGUUCCCGGUGGGGUGGGACCCAUGACUGUGGCCAUGCUGAUGGCGAACACAGUGUUGAGUGCAAAGCGUUUUCUGGAGAGCCAUCAGCCAGGGAAGUGGAGCAUUUCUUACACCAAACUCAACCUCCAGAAGCCUGUGCCAAGUGACAUUGUGAUUUCUCGCUCCUGUGUGCCCAAGCCCAUUGACCAUCUAGCAAGAGAGGUGGGCCUGCUCUCUGAUGAGGUGGAACUCUAUGGCAACACUAAGGCCAAGGUCAAGCUGAACGUCAUGAAACGCCUGCAGGCCCAGCCAGAUGGCAAAUAUGUGGUGGUCACUGGUAUUACACCCACCCCUCUGGGUGAAGGAAAGAGCACCACCACCAUUGGCCUGGUGCAGGCCAUGGGAGCCCACAUGAAGCUCAACGUGUUUGCUUGUGUCCGGCAGCCCUCUCAGGGACCCACCUUUGGCAUUAAAGGUGGUGCUGCAGGAGGUGGAUACUCUCAAGUUAUUCCAAUGGAAGAGUUCAAUCUCCAUCUCACUGGUGACAUUCACGCCAUCACAGCUGCCAACAACCUGGUGGCUGCAGCCAUCGAUGCUCGCAUGUUCCACGAGUCUACACAGUCUGACAAGGCUUUGUAUAACCGUUUGGUCCCACUCAGUGGGGGCCAGAGGAAGUUCUCUCCCAUCCAGAUCAACAGACUGAAAAAACUGGGCAUAGAAAAGACUGACCCCUCAACGCUGACUGAAGAAGAGAUCACGCGCUUUGCUCGUCUGGACAUAGACCCCAGCUCUGUCACCUGGCAGAGAGUGUUGGAUACAAAUGAUCGAUUCCUGAGGAAGAUUACGAUCGGCCAGUCGCCAACUGAAAAGGGAUACACGAGAGAAGCCCAGUUUGACAUCACAGUGGCCAGUGAAAUCAUGGCAGUGCUCGCCCUUACCAGCAGCCUGGAGGACAUGCGUCAGCGUCUGGCCAAGAUGGUUGUGGCCACCGCCCGCAGUGGACAGCCCAUCACCACCGAGGACCUGGGUGUGAGUGGUGCUCUAACUGUGCUCAUGAAAGAUGCCAUCAAGCCAAACCUGAUGCAGACACUGGAGGGAACCCCUGUGUUUGUUCACGCUGGCCCGUUUGCCAACAUCGCCCACGGCAACUCCUCCAUCCUGGCUGAUAAAUUGGCUUUGAAGUUGGUGGGACCUGAAGGCUUUGUAGUGACGGAGGCUGGCUUUGGCGCUGACAUUGGCAUGGAGAAAUUCUUCAACAUCAAGUGCCGCUACUCAGGCCUGAGACCCCACGUGGUGGUGCUGGUGGCCACAGUGCGAGCGCUGAAGAUGCACGGAGGAGGACCAACGGUUACUGCUGGGAUGCCACUGCCUAAGGAAUACAUUGAAGAGAACCUUGAGCUGCUGGAGAAGGGCUGCAGCAACAUGAAGAAGCAGAUAGAGAACGCACAGCACUUUGGCGUGCCCGUGGUGGUGGCUGUCAACGCUUUCAAGACAGACACUGAGGCUGAGCUGGACUUGGUCUGCAGCAUGGCCAAAGCUGCCGGGGCCUUCGACGCCGUGCGAUGCUCCCACUGGGCCGAAGGUGGAGCGGGUGCUGUGGCCCUGGGACAGGCUGUCCAGAGGGCCUCUGAGGCCCCCAGCAACUUCAAGUUCCUCUAUGAUCUGGAGCUCCCUAUUACUGAGAAGAUUCGAAUAAUCGCCCAGAAGAUCUACGGAGCAGACGAUAUUGAACUUCUCCCAGAGGCUCAACACAAGGUGGAGCUCUACACCAAACAGGGUUUCGGCAAUCUGCCAGUCUGUAUGGCGAAGACUCACCUAUCGCUCUCUCACGAGGCAGACAAGAAGGGUGUGCCCACGGGGUUCGUCCUGCCAAUCAGAGACAUCCGAGCCAGCGUGGGCUCUGGCUUUCUGUUCCCACUGGUUGGCACGAUGCCCACAAUCCCAGGUCUGCCCACCAGGCCUUGUUUCUAUGACAUUGACUUGGACCCUGAGACUGAACAGGUCAACGGGCUUUUCUGAAGCUCUGUAUGAUGGUAAGGAUGGGUGUUAAGACAUAAAAAUACCAAUCACGUACUAGGGUUAGCAGGUAGAGAUGUCAACUGUUAGUAUCUUGCCCUCGUUGUUUAGCCCACCCUCCCACUCUUUAGACAUAGCCCAGUAUCCCUCCACUGCGCCUUAAUGAAAUGUGAUGGACUAAUAACUGGAAGCGCCUUGAGCUUGUCUGCUGGUACGGUUUUUGUUUACACUUUUUCAGUGAGACACUGACACCUGUAAAUCUGUAAGUCUUUUUGUCCAGUAAGCAGUCAGUGGGUAAAUUAAGACCCUUAAUUAAUAAGAAUCAGAAGUGUUUCUCCUCCCUGAUGAUGCCAGCCUGUGAUGGACUUUUUGCAUUAAGGAGGUGUCCCGUCGGCUGUUUUUCCUUCACAUGAAACGAACCCAGCCUGUAUUUCCACAUACCAGAGCCCCCAGUGUCAAUAAUAAGUUAACACUGUUAAGUGGCAGCCGUGGAGUCUUGUAUGAAGUGCAUUUGCAUAUUUUGUGUUCACUACACCAGGAGCACCUUCUCCCGGCAACAGUCCACUUUAUAUGUCUUUGGGUUGCAUUUAUGUUUGAAAAAAGAAUAUGAAAAUAAUACUGCAUUACAAAGUGUUACUAUAGUUGUUUUGAUCAGUCCUUGUGACUAUUGACUGUCAGGUUUUCAGUUUUCCGUGUCCUGUGUUUUAUUUCUGAAAGUGUAACGCUGCUGGAGUUGUUGCCACUGCUGUGAAACUGAACUGUUUCCACUUUUCUGUCAGAAAAUAUCUAAUAAAGUCUCCCUGAUGGAAAGCCACAUAUUAAAAUUUUUGGCCCAUUA